GUUCCCAAAGUGGCUGGAACCUACUAGAACCUGAAGCACAGUGAGAGCAUUCUCCAUUGCCUUCUCUUGGAGCAGAAGCCAGAAGCUGGCUGUCUGGGAGCAUCUCCUUCACAUGACAGUUGGAGACGAGGCUUUAGGACUUUCGGAGUAGCUGGUGUCUCUUUGCUGGAUGGAAGAGGAGAAGUAACACCACUCAUCUUGUCAGCAGGGGUCCUGAGAAUCCGAGCGUCCCCCAGGUCUUCGCCCCCCCCCCCCCCCCCCCGACCCAUGGCACUGGCUGCGGCGGCGCCCUGAGGCUCUGGACGGGCGAAGCGGAGCCGCAGCCCGGGAGGAUGCUGAGCUCCAUCAAGUGCGUGCUGGUGGGCGAUAGCGCCGUGGGGAAAACCUCCCUGCUGGUGCGCUUCACCUCCGAGACCUUCCCCGAGGCCUACAAGCCCACGGUGUACGAGAACACGGGGGUGGACGUCUUCAUGGACGGCAUCCAGAUCAGCCUGGGCCUCUGGGACACGGCGGGGAACGACGCCUUCCGCAGCAUCCGGCCCCUGUCCUACCAGCAGGCCGACGUGGUGCUCAUGUGCUACUCGGUGGCCAACCACAGCUCCUUCUUGAACUUGAAGAACAAAUGGAUCGGUGAGAUCAGGAACAACCUGCCUUGUACCCCAGUGCUGGUGGUGGCCACGCAGACGGACCAGAGGGAGGUGGGGCCUCACAGGGCCUCCUGCAUCAAUGCGGUCGAAGGGAAGCGGAUGGCCCAGGAUGUGCGAGCCAAGGGCUAUCUGGAGUGCUCAGCGCUCAGCAACCGCGGGGUGCAGCAGGUGUUCGAGUGUGCGGUGCGCACGGCCGUCAACCAGGCCCGCAGGCGCAACAGGAGAAGGCUCUUCUCCAUCAACGAAUGCAAGAUCUUCUGAUCCCCCACCAAAGUUCCCCCAACCAGCAUGGACUCGUCCCCCGAGACUAGUGAGGAAAAGGGGAGCCCCCCUCUUCAUCCCCAUGCCAAGCCAGGAUGGUUGACACUCUGCCACUCAUUGGCAGGAUUUGGUCACUCCUUGCUUUGCCUAACAUCACUCCACAGAUGUAUUUCUGAUC